UUAAAAUCUCCAAAAUCUAUAGUAAGUGACCAAAACGUUAGUGUCCCAUUGGUUUUAAGACUCAUGUUAAUAGUUCUAGCUUGUCACAUGUUUGAUGUUUUGUUCUAGCUAGUAUCCAACUGAUACCUUCUUCUACCCUCAUCAACAGUUGCUUUCAACCCAUUAAGACUCGAACCGUCGAACGUAGGAGGAACCGAUCGAGGAAGGUAUUAUACUAUUAUUACUCUACAUAUAAUCGAUCAUAGAAGGUUUUAUAGUAUAUGAGAGCAAAAUCACAAGUUGGUUCCAAAUAAGCAGAGUCGAAUGAACAAAUCCUACACACUCUUAGAAUAGGGAUUUUCAAUGUCGCAACAUGUUAAGAACAAGAGGUGUUAAAUUAACACAACAACAAAAAUCACUCAAGGUUUAGGUGGUUUCAAUUUACAGAAGUUUAGAUCAUGGGGGUAAAUAUAUAAAAUUUUAUUACUAUGAGGACGAAUAGGUAAAACAAAUUUUAUUACUAUUUCAAUCAAGCGACGUCGUUUUCUGUAUUCACAAACGGCAUCCAACUCGUCGAUACGACGUCGUUUUUUAUCGAGCAGAGAUCUCUCUGUCUAAUUGAAGUCAUCUCAUAGGGUCCGGUCAAUCACGAAUUUGAAACAGAGAAUCCAAUUCCCAAAUAUACGCAGAGACCCUAGCCUGCUCUUCCCACAAAUCUCCAUUGCUUUGGAAGAAGAAUCACACAAUGGAUCUAGAGAUCGUUGGCCGCCACGCUCUUUUUUUCGACGACGAUUCGAUGGCAACGUUUGUCAACUCACCGACGGCGCUCGUUGACUGGAACAGCCUCUUUAUUGACCGCUACGAUGUUCGUCACCUCCUCUCUUCUCUUCCUCCUCCACGUAUCAAGCGCCGUCGUUCGGUUCCAGAUGAUCCUGACUUGGAAUCGGAGCUCGAUCACGAGCGUUACCUUGAUUUACCGGCGGAAUCUCCAUCUCCGUCGGAUGAUGAAGAAGAUAUGAAUGACGAAUCAGCAAAUGCAAAUGCCGAUGGUUAUCGUGCUGUCCCCUUUUCAUAUGGAAGCUCCAGUGAUUUCAAUGACCAGAAAAAUGCUGAUACGGAAUCUGGAUUUCACCCGCCUUUCCCCUUGCCUGAUUAUUUACUUCAAAACCUGCCUCCAACUGAGAAAUUACAUCAGAUCAUCACCAAAACUUCAAGCUUUGUAAGCAAGCAUGGUGGGCAAUCUGAAAUCGUCUUGAGAGUCAAACAAGGAGGCAACCCAACAUUUGGGUUCUUAAUGCCAGACCACCAUCUUCAUCCUUACUUCAGGUUUCUUGUUGAUCAUCAAGAGCUUUUGACAGAAAAGUCUUCUGUAGAAGAGAAAAAGAACGAAAGUGAGAAGGACGGUGGAGCUUUGUCAUUGCUUGGUUCAGUUUAUGGGACUGUAGAAGAUGAAGAUGCUAAUGAAGAGUCUGCAAAUGACUUUAAAACAAACGAGUCUCCCAAAGUAGAUGAUGGUGUUAAGAUAGCUGAUUCCAAUGGACCUGAAGGGUCGAAAGGAGCUGCAAAGAUUCGCACAGAGAGAGUUGCAGCCUCUAAGCAUUCUCUGCCGUUGAAUGAUCAGGCAUCUUUCAUAAAAAGAAAUCCUUCUGUCAGUGCAGUGAAUGUUGUAGAGAGGAAGCAGAUCAAUACAGAAGAUAACGCUACCAAAAUGUUUCUGACGUCCGAUAAGUCGCAAUCUUCUACAAUGCUGGCAAAACCCAAGCCGGAACUGCAGAUUGUGGAGCCGACUACUGAGAUGAAAAGAGCGAUUGAUAAGAUAGUAGACUUCAUCCAAAAGAACGGUAAAGAACUAGAGGCUACUCUUGUUGCGCAGGAUGUGAAAUAUGGGAUGUUUCCAUUCUUACGUCCAGCUAGCGUAUACCAUGGAUACUAUCGGAAGGUUCUCCAAGAAGCCGAAGAGUUGAAAUCAUGCGACAAAGGCGUCAUUACCAGAGAGGAAGACGCGAAGCAAAAGAGGAUGGACGAUGCUGUAAAAGAUGGCAAACAUGCGUUUGGGAGUGUUUUACAAGAUGAUUCUGCCAAGAAAGAGAAGCCAAAAAUGGUUGGUGACAAACCAAAGGUCGAGUUGCACAACGAACCAUUCAAGCCUGUCCAACCACAGAUGAGGGUGAAUGUGGAUGCGAAUACUGCUGCUGCUAUUCUUCAAGCGGCUAGAAGAGGCAUAAGGAAUCCCCAGCUGGAGAUUCUAUCAGGCAAACCCAUGGAUGAGACUUCUCAGAGCCUCGGAAAUGAUGGAAGUUACCCUUCAUCUAAGUCCCCCCCUGAUUUGACGAAAUCUACAGGGCAGUUGAUCUCUGGCUCAUCUGUUGCUAGUGAAGCUGAUUCUUCUGAAGCAGGCUUGUCUAAGGAGCAGAAGUUGAAGGCAGAAAGAUUGAAACGUGCAAAAAUGUUUGUGGCCAUGUUAAAACCCGAAGCUCAGCCAGUGCAACAAGCUGUACCGUCGCAAAGUGUAUCGCUCGAACUGUUGGACUCCGGGAUUUCUGGAUUAGGUGAUAAAGCUGCCAAAGAUAGAGAAGGUAGCUCAAUUGCAUCUGUAGCUGAGACAAAACUAGCAAAUGAUGGUAACUGUGAAAGACGAUCAAAGAGAAAUUACCGCUCGAGAUCACAGAGAGAUGAAGAUAUUAAGAUGGAACAAGGAGAAGAAGAAGGGGAAGAGAGCAGCAUGGAUGAAGCUACAGAAGAAACCAAGACCGAGAAGAAGCAUUCAUCUAGUAGAAAACGGCAUAAACAUAAGACACGAUACUCUUCGAAGGAUAGACAUUCUCGGGACAAGCACAAGCAUGAGAGUUCCUCGGAUGAUGAGUAUCACAGUCGUUCACGUCAUAGACACAGACGAAGCAAAUCUUCAGAUAGGCGUGAGCUAUAUGAUUCUUCUGAAAACGAGGGUGAGCGCCGACACAGAUCUAGUAAACAUAGCAAAGAUGUUGAUUAUUCCAAGGACAAGCGUAGCAGCCAUCAUCACAGAUCCAGGAAGCAUGAUAAGCAUCGUGAUUCAUCUGAUGAUGAACAUCAUCGUCACAGACACAGAUCCAGUAGACGCAAGCACGAGGACUCUUCAGACGUCGAGCAUGGUCAUCGACACAAGUCUAGUAAACGUAUAAAGAAAAAUGAGAAAACAGUGGAAGAGGAGACUGUAUCAAAGUCAGAUCAGUCUGAUCUUAAAGCGGUCCCUGAAGAUAACAUCUUGUACCCACAAAACGAACCAACUCAAGUUUCGGAUGAGCUAAGAGCCAAAAUCCGUGCCAUGUUAGCUGAUACCUUGGGAAAUGGUCGGUGAGCAUCUGAAGCAUAGAGGUCAUUCAUAAAACCCGAUGCUGACAUUGCCCAUGCGUACGAGAAGAGUUGGAAAACUUAAUAUAAUGUAUUUUCGAAAUACAAUUUUGCAAACUAAUCCGUGUUUUUAAAAUGUCGGAAAACUAGUCUUUUUCUGUUAAAGAAUUCACGAAAUCACUCUUGAAAAUUAAAGAAACCACUCUUGUACA